AAAAGCACCCAAAAUACCAAACAGGCCCUUGCGCGAAUCUUAUCUAUUACUGUUGAAGGCCCGGGAACGAAGAAAGGGAAAGGUAAAGCCAGAGAUAAUGAAGAGAGUUCCUCGCAUUAAAUUCCCACAAAGACACAGGCAAUCUUCAUCUUCAGGUUCAGCCUCCCAGUCUACAUCAACAAAUGGGGGCACUAAUCAAAAUCUUAGCUCAAGGUCAAGUUCAGACGUUCCAGCACCGCCCAGAAACACUGCUGUGGGAGGAACAGCUUCUCUUCAGCCAAAACGUACACCUGUCUCUGACAAGGAGAUAGAGGCCAUCCUGUUGGGAGGCUGCUUCUGAUCCUGGGAUUGGUAUGCUUCUUCGAGGAAGUGAAAUGCAAUAAAAACUUCUGAGGAGUAUCAGAAUAUGAAGUUGUUAAUAUUUAGCUUUUCGUAUUUUCAUAUAAAGGAGCUGCAAUCUCUUUCAUUCCUUUAAUGGUUAAUCUUACUGAUGCUGAUGAAGAACAUAUAUUUUCUCUUUCAAUUGGUUAUCCUCUGUUGCAUAUAA